AACUUUAUUACCUUCUGCCCUGAGUGCCAUGACAAGUUUCAGUCUGAGAGAGCGGAGGGAAGCCUCAAGGCAGUGUGGAGCAGGACAAGUGAACCAGCCUGAACUCCAGCUGCAUGAUUCCUUCACUGAGCAGCUGAGAGAGCCAGGUGUUGAGUUUUCUCCGUCAGUUUGCCUGCUGAAAGGACCCAGCUCAGAAAAAUGACUCAGUCGGUGCAAGUUAACCCAAAGCUGCCUGAUCUGGGCACUCCAUUCCUCUACUCCAGUCAGGAGGAGGCAGACCAGCCAGGCUCCUACUCUGUCCAGACUCCCUACGGUUUCCAGCUUGACCUAGACUUCCUCAAAUAUGUUGAGGAUAUUGAGAGUGGGCACAACCUGCGCCGGGUGCCUGUCAGCUCCCGCCGCUCUGGCAGGGGGGUCAAAGUCUCCCAGAGGAGCCCAAGUGUGGGGGGACGUGCAAGCGGCUGGACCUCCACGGAGUCUCUUGCAUCUCCAGCCAGUGAAGAUGGCAGAGUUCCUCCACCGCCGCCACCACGCAACCGUCUAGGGUCAGCACCCUGCGAGGGUCUCUCUCUUUCCCCACUGACUGUCCUUAGUAAUCCUCCCCUGUCUGCUGGUGCCAAAGUGCCACCUCCUCCACCACAGCGUAACCCCAGAGUAGAGCGGACACUUCUGGAAACCAGCUGGCGGCUACAGCAGGAGCAGAGCCACCAGCACCAGAAUGGCGGGCGUUUCCAGCUUGCAGAUCCUCCUAAGCAGGGCUUUAAGGCCCCUGUGUCAUCCCUGGUUUCCUCUGCUAAUACAGUGUGUAGUACCGUGGAUGGGUCUCUGUUGCCUCUACCCUCUCCAUCAACUACGCCAUCACAGAGUAGCUGGACUAAACCCAGUCCUCAAACCUCUGGGCGCAGCACUCCGGCUCCUGGCACUGCAGUGACUUCGAUCCCACCCAGCCAGCUGCAGACAGUUAGAGAGCAGAUGGCCACAGCCUUGAAGCAGCUUAAGGAGAUGGAGGAGCGGGUAAAGGGUGUCCCAGUGCUUGAAAGAGAGGUGGCCAAGCUUCGUGCAGAGAAAGACAUGCUCCUGUUAGCACUGCAGGAAAAGAAAGCAUCUGAGGAGGAAACCCAACAACGGCAACAGUCUAAAGAGUCUUCCACUCAAACCACAGAGACCCUUUCAACCCCAGCUGACCCCAGCAUCCAAAGUCGAAUAACACCUCCAACUUCACCUGGUUGCAAAGGCCCUACAAAAUCUGGGGAACUGAAAAGGUUGACUGAGAAAUUUGAAGGAAGGAAUGAGAAAGCUGCAGAACCUUCGGCAAAAAUGUUGGUCAAAGUUCCAGAGAAAGUUCCUGUUGCUGAGAUGAAGUCUGUGGCUGCUGGGGAUGACAGGCCAAUGGACUCUGUUGUUUUCUACUACAGCCAGGGUGUCAAGGACGCCUCUGAGGGCACUAAGGUGCACAUUUGUGAGAAAGGCACAGAGACAGAAGCUCCACUGAUUUGUGAGGAGGGAACACAGGCCAGGGUGGAGACCAAAGAGGCUGCAGUUUGGGUAAUGGAGUCACUACUUGGGUUGACCAGUGAGGCACAGCGGGAGAUAGACACCUUACAAGACACAAUUAAAUUCCAACAGGAGUCCAUUGUGGCUCUUGAGGGCCGGCUGAGUGCUGCAGACAGGGACCUUGGAAGUCUCAAAGCCCAAAUAGAGGAGCAAAAGUCCAAAGUCACAAUUGAGAAAGGGGUUCUUGCAAAACCAGACACAGUGCAUGCCCAGGUAGAGACAACAACUUCUACAUUAAAGGAUGUUGCGGUUCUGUGCUGUCCAGAGGUGACCAAUGCAUGUGUAGGCGAGGACCUAACAGCCCAACAGACUGAACAGAGCAGCCAGACUGAUGCUGUAGUGAAACCUGCAGAACCAGUUCCUGUUGCUGUGGUCAGCACUGGUUGCCAGUGGGAGAAUUUAUUUGAGGAAGAGGUGGAAGAGAAGAAAGCACCAAAAAGGAGACAGUUGACCAUCGCUGAGUACAAAGUGUCCCCAGAUGAAGAGGUGGUCAGUAUGGCAGAGAAGAAAGAGGGAGAAAAGGAAGAGGUGAUAGCCCCCAGCAACCCCAAGACAGGCAUGUUGAAAUCAAUUAUGAAGAGGAAGGAUGGGAGUAACUCAGCUGAGAAUCGCACCGCUGGCAAGAAGAGCCUGCAAUUUGUUGGCAUUCUCAACGGAGGGUAUGAAUCUACAUCGAGUGAAGAAGAGGAGGAAGAGGAAGAGGAAGAAGAGGGAAGUUCCUCAGCAGGAAGUGGAGAGGGCGAAUGCUCAGACAGCACAGAGGAGGAUGAGGCAGCUCUGGAAGAAGAAACGUCUGACGAAGAGAGAAACGUCAACCUGGAUGAGAGUGACACUGAUGAGGAGACCCUUAGAGCGAGAAAUGAAGCAUCUGAUGGUGUGAAAGAGAAGUUUGAGCUGAGCAUGAAAAUGCGUGAAGCCUGUCUAAUUCUGAAGAACCACCUGAACGACGAUGUGAAAACACUGAAGAGUAAAGAAGUGCUCUCUAGCACCCAUACCGUCCAGUUGGAGUGGUUCCGGAUCUCCAGCGCCAAAAUGGCACAACCGUCACGGGUGUCCGACUACCUGAUGGCGUUCUCUGAGGUGUCUGCGGCGCUGCUGGAGCACAUAGUCAACAUGACUGACGGCAACGGCAACACAGCUCUACACUACAGUGUCUCCCACUCCAAUUUCAGUGUGGUUGGCCUUCUGCUCGACACAGGCGUGUGCUGUGUGGAUAAACAGAAUAAAGCUGGCUACACUGCCAUCAUGCUGGCUGCUCUUUCGGCUGUGAAGGAGGAAGACGACAUGUCUGUGGUCAAGAAGCUCUUCAGUCAGGGCAACGUGAACGCCAAGGCCAGCCAGGCGGGUCAGACGGCGCUGAUGCUAGCCGUUAGCCACGGGCGGCAAGAGAUGGUGCGGGCGCUGCUGGACUGUGGUGCCGAUGUCAACGUGCAGGAUGAUGAGGGAUCCACAGCACUGAUGUGUGCUAGUGAACAUGGCCGAGCUGAGAUCGUCUCACUGCUCCUGGAGCAGCCUGGAUGUGACAUUUCCAUCGUGGACAAUGACGGCAGCAAUGCUCUGUCCAUUGCCCUGGAGGCAUCUCACAAUGACACAGCUGUGCUGCUCUAUGCCCACAUGAACUAUGCCAAGACCCAGGCGGCUGUGGGAAGCCCAAAGGCCCAGAGGAGCCCAACCAGCACACACAAGGUCUGGCCUGCAGAGUAAACACUACGUCAUAUCUGCUCAAACAAACAUAACUGGAUUUGAGCAAUAAAAGGCUCCACUGGAAUUUACAUUGUCUACUUAAAUAUAAUGUAUUUAUAUCUUGCCAUAUGUCUUGCAUUUAUAUGUAUUUGUUAAUAUAAGAACAUUAUUUUUCCAUAAGUGCCUUCAGUGGUUAUCAUGUACAUGACUAAUUUGCGUUCCUAACAUUUCUCAGAGGUCUGCUGCACCUAUGUUUUUAGGAGGCAGGAAAUGAGACCUCACAUUUAUUAUUUGCACUCAAGUAAUAUAUUUUUAGUCUUAGUCCCCCCCACCCUGACCGUGAUUAACCAGCUUCUUAGUCCCUACACCCCACAGCUCAAGUCUGCACUAACCAUCUAUGCCUUGUACAUUCAUCUAUCUAUUUUCAUGUGCAAAAUAAACUUGUAUUUACAGAUGAGGUGAUGGAAAUACAUGUUUGUUUGCCAACAUCACACUCCAUUUCCUAACUGGUGAACUAUUUUAUUAUGUGGUGGCAACACACUCCUGUAUACUGCAUAUAUUCUGGAAUACACUACUGAAAAAAUGUA